AUGACCCGUGUUGGUCCAUGCAGGGCACUGAGGGCAUACCAGCCCGGCCAAUCGAAGCCCAACAUCACCGGCUUCGACCCCAAGACCUUUGUCGAAGCAGCCACCAAGAAGCGAUAUGACCCCUGGGAGAGAUUGGAGUCAUGGCGGUACACUGGUCAGUUCAGCCGCUUCAACAGGUUCAAGGGCGCCUUCCCCGGCCUGGGCAUAGCAACCGUUGCCUUUGCGGCCUACUGCACAUAUGAGCACUUCUUCCUCAAGGAGGACCACCAUGGCGAGGGCCACCACUAGAGUCGCUGUCGGAUGGGUGGUUUGGUCUGUGUACAUAUCUGAGCUUUAGGCAAGAAUCGGAUCUCGGCGUUUGUUGUUUAUCCAAUCUUCCAAAAAAGAUGUGAUGGACUGUUGUAAUGGGAUGACAUAGGGGAGGACCUCUAUUCCAUCUGUUACGUACUGAAUGCCGUUUUCAGAGCGCCUCACGAGUGAAUCAACUCCUGAUUUUGUGAUUGUUCCUAACUAGCAGAAGCGGGUUUGUUAUUUUCACCAAUGCGAGGCCGUAACAGGAUCAUUCAGGUCAUAUUUGCCGGAUAGUUUGGAACGAAG